GGCUACAAAUAGAGCGGACGCCUAGGGGCUCCGUGUCCCCUCGUCCAGCCGUCCACUCUGCGCCGGCCGCCCGCCGCCCUUGCUCCGUGCGCCCCCGGCCAGCCUCGCCCGCACCGCCACCAUGAGCCAGGCCUACUCGUCCAGCCAGCGCGUGUCCUCCUACCGCCGCACCUUCGGCGGCGCCCCCGGCUUCUCGCUCGGCUCCCCGCUGAGCUCGCCCGUGUUCCCCCGCGCGGGCUUCGGCACCAAGGGCUCCUCCAGCUCCAUGACCUCCCGCGUGUACCAGGUGUCGCGCACGUCGGGGGGCGCCGGGGGCUUGGGGUCCCUGCGGGCCAGCCGGCUGGGGGCCACCCGCGGGCCUUCGUCGUACGGCGCGGGCGAGCUGCUGGAUUUCUCGCUGGCCGACGCGGUGAACCAGGAGUUCCUGACCACGCGCACCAACGAGAAGGUGGAGCUGCAGGAGCUCAAUGACCGCUUCGCCAACUACAUCGAGAAGGUGCGCUUCCUGGAGCAGCAGAACGCCGCCUUGGCCGCCGAGGUCAACCGACUUAAGGGCCGCGAGCCCACGCGCGUGGCCGAGCUCUACGAGGAGGAGCUGCGCGAGCUGCGGCGCCAGGUGGAGGUACUCACCAACCAGAGGGCCCGCGUGGACGUCGAGCGCGACAACCUCAUCGACGACCUGCAGCGCCUCAAGGCCAAGCUGCAGGAAGAAAUCCAACUGAAAGAAGAAGCAGAGAACAAUUUGGCUGCCUUCAGAGCGGAUGUAGAUGCAGCCACUUUAGCUCGCAUUGAUCUGGAGCGCAGAAUCGAAUCUCUCAAUGAAGAAAUUGCAUUCCUUAAGAAAGUGCACGAAGAGGAGAUCCGUGAGCUGCAGGCCCAGCUUCAAGAACAGCAGGUCCAUGUGGAGAUGGACAUGUCCAAGCCAGACCUCACAGCGGCCCUCAGGGACAUCCGGGCUCAGUACGAGACCAUCGCGGCUAAGAACAUCUCUGAAGCUGAGGAGUGGUACAAGUCCAAGGUGUCCGACCUGACCCAGGCAGCCAACAAGAACAAUGAUGCCCUGCGCCAGGCUAAACAGGAGAUGAUGGAAUACCGACACCAGAUCCAGUCCUACACCUGCGAGAUCGAUGCCCUCAAGGGCACAAACGAUUCCCUGAUGAGGCAGAUGCGGGAGCUGGAGGAUCGCUUUGCCAACGAGGCCAGCGGCUACCAGGACAACAUCGCCCGCCUGGAGGAGGAGAUCCGGCACCUCAAGGAUGAGAUGGCCCGCCACCUGCGCGAAUACCAGGACCUGCUCAAUGUGAAGAUGGCCCUGGAUGUGGAGAUCGCCACCUACCGGAAGUUGCUGGAGGGCGAGGAGAGCCGAAUCAAUCUCCCUGUCCAGACCUUCUCUGCUCUCAACUUCCGAGAAACUAGCCCUGAACAAAGGGGUUCCGAGGUCCACACCAAGAAGACUGUGAUGAUCAAGACUAUUGAGACGCGAGAUGGAGAGGUUGUCAGUGAGGCCACACAGCAGCAGCAUGAGGUACUCUAAAGCCAGAGACCUUCAGACACUGUCCUGGCCCCUCCAGACACUUCACUGCCUCCUCAAGCCAGCCUCUCCAUCCUGGGAUGCCACAGCAGCUGCCUUUCUCUCCUCACAGCCUCUGACUCCUCCUCACUGUCCACCACCCCCUUCCCCAUAGUCCCAUCCCACUAAGCCCCAGGGAGCACUCCCUAGUCACCCCUGCAGAUCCUGCCUUCCAUCCUGGCUGUUGGAAGUGGGUGAACCUGACUGUUGUACUGGAUGGAGCCGGGCCCAACCCAGAAGCCGGUCCCACCUCCCUGAUUUCAGGCUCUAGCCUCUAGGGAGAGAGAUCUGGAGCAGGGUCUGGGGCUACUAGGUCUGGAUGGGGCCUUUGACCCUUCCUACCCCCUAGCCUGGAUAAAGAAAGAAAAGAAGGUCUCCUCAGCAAGCUGGGCAAGGACCCCUAUGGGGACCGAGGCACUUGUAAGUGUUCCCCCGGUCCCUCCUUUUCCUUUCCCCAGCUUGGGGUGAACUUAGAAAGCAGGGGCUGUAAGAGGGAACCCCCGAAGGUGUUGGAUGUGGGAGUAGGAGAUACAGAAGAGAGAGGAUGAGAUGCUGAGAGGAGAGGAAAGAGAGAAGCAGACUGGGCUCAGGCUGGCAGGAGGGCACCACCUCCCCUUGCCUGACCCUCCUAUUGUUGGGGCUGUGGACAGAAACAAUAAAGAAUGAGCACAAGC